AUGAGCCAUAUAAAACUUGAUCCACCUGAUUCAAUUGGAACUAUAAAUCAUAAUCAAACAUGUUUAUGGUGGUCAUUAAAAACACUUCAUGAUCUACCUUCUACUUAUACAGUCAAUAAUGUACACAAAAUUACUGAUCCCAUAAAUCAUGUUGCAUAUAAUCCUUAUUGGUUUUCAUGGACUACAGUGAUACCGAUAUUGAUUGUCAUUUGUACUAUCCUUGGCAAUUCAUUAGCAUGUUUUAUUGCAUUGAAUGAUCGACAUCUUAGGCAUAGAUCCAAUGUUUUAUUUAUUUCAUUAUCUAUCACUAAUAUAAUUUUUUCCAGUACUGUUAUGAUAUGCAGUAUUAUGUAUAAUCUUAUGAGCCCGGAAAAUUUUUCUGAUAAUUUUAUAAAAUUAUUUUAUGCAUUAGAUAAAUUAUUUUGUACAGUGACUAUAUUGCAUUUAGUUGUGAUGGCAUUUGAUCGAUUUAUUUAUAUUAAAGCUCCAUUGAAAUAUUCACGUUGUUUAAAAUCGAAAUAUUUAUUUUUCACAUUAAUUGGUAUUUGGUUUUUAUCAUUUCUCAUAGCAAUUUUACCAAUUCAAUUAUACUGGCAAACAGAAAAUUAUCAUACAUGUCUAACUAUCAAUAAUAAUGUGUUCAAUACUUAUUUAACAAAUAAAAAUAAUUGUACAUUGACCACAACGCAUACACCAUUACCUCCUUCAUCAGUGGAAACAAUCACAUCGAAACAAGCUUUGUUGACAUUUUAUAAAUUACACACAAGAUUCACAUGUUUACACAAAGUGAAUCGAUUUUACGCUGUCACCAAUGCGAUAUUUAGUUUUAUCAUCCCAUUAAUAUUGAUGAUCACAAUUUAUACACGUUUAUUUAUAUUAACGAAACAACAUAUUAGUCGGUUAAAUGUAUUUUCUAAUGUUACCAAUUACUCAAAUGAUUUAUCAUCUACUGAAUAUAAUGAUAAUAAACAAUUCAUUUAUUUAUUACAACCUUCAACAAAUAAUUUGCCAAAACGUAAAUCAUUUUUCAAUCUGCGAAAUAUGAAUUUAACUUCAAAUGAUGAUUUAGAUAAUAGUGUAAGAAAUUCAUUAACUACUUCAACGGAUACAUUGAAAAUUUCAUCACGUCUCUCUAGAUCUCAAUUAAAUUAUUCAUUACGUUUAAUCAAUGUCACAUCGAAACAUGGAUUUUCUUCGUCAACUCCAAAUAAACCAAUUAGUACAUAUAAAAUGUCAGCUAGUUCAUUAGCAUCAUUGACUCAAUCGAAUCGUCGAAAGCAUAGUUUACCAGUGUACACUUUACCGAUAAAUUCAUCAUUAAAUACACAUAACAAUGUGAAUGGUAUAACACGUCCACAAAUUGUGGUGAAUUAUCCAGAAAAACAAUUAUACAAUGCACAUAAAGCUGCGAUUACAUUGGGUUUAAUAUUGGGUUCAUUUACUGUUUGCUGGUUACCUUAUUUUACAGUAAAUUGUAUGGCAUCGUUUUGUGAUUGUAUUACAAAAGAAGCAAUCUUUGCUGCAACAUGGCUUGGUUAUUUCAAUGCCUGUCUAAAUUCUCUGGUUUAUUCAUUAUUAAAUAAUAAUAUUCGAAUGUCCUGUGCAAAACUGUUAUGUGCUUGGCAUUACAAUCGUGAACGACGUCAGCAGUAUGGAUUGAAUCAAUUGAAACAUUUCGGUGAUACUCCAAUCAAGCUAGCACUUGGUCGCGUUCCAUAA